AUGGCAAAUACAAAGAUGAAUUUCUCUUCAUUUACCUUGUAUCUUGUUUUAUUGUUCACAAUUUCUCUGAAUUCACUUCUUAUCUCUGCAAUAAUAUCCGACAAAUCCGCCUCCGAGAUUGACGUACUAUCGUCAUUGUAUAUCGUCUACACCACUGAGAGGCCUAGCAACGAGAAACCUGAGGCAUUUUACAUCCAAAUCCUAGCUUCUGUUCUUGGCAGUGAAGAAGCUGCUAAGAAAGCUCUUGUGUAUAGUUUUAAAAGUUCUAUGAAUGGCUUUGCUGCUAACCUGACUCCUGAUCAAGUCAAGAAGAUUUCAGCACAACCAGGAGUUCUAAAUUUUGUACAAGGCGUUAAUUAUGAAUUGAAAGCAACAGGAAAAGAGAAUAAUGAUGUAUAUAAGAACUUUAAGUUCUCUGUUGAAAUUUGA